AUGAAGAAGAGUGAGAGUGGUGGAUAUGUGAGAGCAGAUCAAAUAGAUCUCAAGAGUUUAGAUGAACAAUUGCAAAGGCAUCUUAGUAGAGCAUGGACUAUGGAGAAGAAGAAUAAGGAGAAAGAAGAUGAAGGUGGUGAAGUUGUUGGAAGGUCUUCUUCUAAUAAUAGUACUUCAAGAAAUAGACAAGAAUGGGAGAUUGAUCCUUCUAAGCUUAUCAUCAAAACUGUCAUUGCUCGUGGCACUUUUGGGACUGUUCAUCGUGGUGUUUAUGAUGGUCUUGAUGUUGCUGUUAAGCUUCUUGAUUGGGGGGAAGAGGGACAUCGGUCAGACGCCGAAAUAGCUUCAUUGAGAGCGGCUUUUACACAAGAAGUUGCUGUUUGGCACAAGCUUGACCAUCCUAAUGUAACCAAGUUUCUUGGUGCAACAAUGGGAACAUCGGACCUACAGAUACAAACGGAAAACGGUCAUAUAGGCAUGCCGAGUAAUCUUUGUUGUGUUGUCGUUGAGUAUUGUCCUGGUGGUGCUUUGAAGUCGUAUCUAAUUAAAAACCGAAGAAGGAAGCUGGCUUUUAAAGUGGUUGUUCAACUAGCUCUUGAUCUUGCAAGAGGGUUGAGUUAUCUCCACAUAAAGAAGAUUGUCCAUAGAGAUGUUAAAACAGAAAAUAUGCUUCUAGACAAGUCACGCACGUUGAAAAUUGCUGAUUUUGGUGUAGCUCGUAUUGAAGCUUCGAAUCCUCAUGACAUGACUGGUGAAACUGGAACGCUUGGUUACAUGGCUCCUGAGGUUCUAAAUGGUAGUGCAUACAAUAGAAAAUGCGACGUGUAUAGUUUCGGCAUAUGCUUAUGGGAGAUAUACUGCUGUGACAUGCCAUAUCCUGAUCUGAGUUUCUCAGAAGUAACAUCAGCUGUUGUAAGACAGAAUCUAAGGCCAGAGAUUCCGCGAUGUUGUCCAAGCUCACUGGCGAACGUGAUGAAAAGAUGUUGGGAUGCUAAUCCUGAUAAGAGGCCAGAGAUGGAUGAAGUUGUCAUCAUGUUGGAAGCUAUCGACACUUCAAAAGGCGGAGGUAUGAUCCCUCUUGAUCAGCCACAAAGUUGUUUAUGUUUCCGCAAGUAUAGAGGACCUUAA